UAAUUGUAACAUAAUAUCAACUGAUCCCAGGUGGGUUACAGGUUAGAGAACACAGGUUAAUUACUGAUUAUUAAACUGACUGAGGUUGACUGCUGCAGGUGUGUGUGUCCCCAGGGGUCGGUGGGCCCCAGGUGUAAGGUGCUGGCCCGGACGUUCAGUGGGUCGGGGUGGGCGUGGGUGAGGCCCUUACCCCCGUGCCUUCCCCUCACCGUGUCCCUCAAGCUCCUCACCCGCCGCCCACACGCCCUACUCCUCUACUCCGGUCCUCUGGCGCCCCAACCCCGGCCCCUUCACUCCCCGCCCACGCCUAUGUUAGCCGUGCAGCUAUGGCAGGGACGCCCACAGGUUCUUCUCGAGGGUGGAGGAGGUCCCCUCAAGGUUCAGGUCAACACGACAGUCCACGACGGUAACUGGCACACACUCCACCUCCACCUCAGCUCUCAAGGUGUGUCGGUGAUGGUGGACCUGUGUGGAAGUGGAUGGGGCGGCCGCCCACACAACGACUCCCACUGUGUGGUGCGGGCGGACUGGACAUCACCUAGAGGCGUCGAGGCGUGGAUGGGGUCCCCGCCCCUGCAAUUGGGCGGUCUGGCUCACACGCCCCCGCUGCCUGAGGACCAUGGGUGGGAGAGGGCGCCCACCGCACACCCGCUGGACGGCUGCAUCUCACACCUCACCCUCAACGGUCAGCUGGUGGACCUGGGCGAGCCGGCCUACAGCAGGAGCAGCGAGGGUGGCUGCCACCCCCAGGAGGUGGCCUGCCCUGGCGGCGUAAACGGGUGUGGUCAGCGCGGGCAGUGUGAGGGUGGCCUGAACGACCCGCAGUGUGAGUGUGACCCCGGGUGGGCGGGUCCCAACUGUGCCUCCCCCACCGUGCCCGCGGCCCUGGGCAAGUCUUCCUAUAUGAAGGUGGCGCUGUCCUUCACGCCGGCACCGCGGGUGUUGACGGUACAGGUGAGGGUGAGGACCCGCGGGCCCCGGCAUGGCCUCCUCCUGCACCUGGCGGCCCACCACCGUGCUGCUGCCUUCACCCUGCACCUGCGUGCGGGCGUGGCGUGUGUGUCAGUGUCAGGGGCGGGGUGGGCGGCGCGGGCGGCCUGUGUGGAGGGUCGACCCGUGGGUGACGGGGCGUGGCACACUGUCAGGGCUGAGCGUCACGGACACAACCUCGUCAUCAGCGUCGACGAUGGUGACGGCUGGCGACGUAAUGAGACACUGGCGUCUCUACUGAACCCCGCCCAGGACACCAGCACCCCGCCCGCCCCCCUCGAGGUCGACAAACACGACGGAGUGACGGUGGGCGGCGUGCCGGAGUUCGCGGGCGUCAGUCUCACCACCGUCCACGACGACCUCACCGAGAGCUGCGUGGAUGACCUGCGGGUGUCUGGUCGAUCACUGCCAUUACCACCAGCCGUAAACGGGACCAGCUGGGGUCAGGUCGACCUCUGAGAGAGUGACCCGCGGCUGCCGGGCUCCUGACGCCUGUUUUAACACUACUUGUAGCCCGCCCCUCUCCUGCACCAGCACCUGGGGCCGUGCCUCCUGCAGCUGUGGCCCGGGACGAAAGCUAGAGGGCCACACCUGUGAAGACGUGGACGAGUGCCUGUGGCGGCCAUGUUUACACGGCGGCUCUUGCUACAACCUGCGGCCCGGUUACCUGUGUGUGUGCGGCCCGGGCCACACUGGCGACAACUGUGAGUGGGGUAGCCUGGCCUCCGGUGGCCAUCCUCUGACGGCCCCCCUGGCCAUCGCGGCCCUCACCCUCUCCCUCCUACUGUUGGUGGUGUUGGGCGUGGUCUUCUCCAUACGGCUACACCGUCAGUGGCUCAGCCGGGCGUUGGCGGGGCGGCAGGUGAGUGAUGUGGGCGACGCGGGUGGCGUGGGCGGUGAGGAGGGCACUAUCAUCGCGGUGAAGGGCGGCAGGAUGGAGGAAGGAAGUGGGACGAGGCUGAAGGACGACCCAGACAAUGACAGCUUCCUCCAGUGUCUCAAGUUCAACCUCGAACACGCUCACCCUUCAACACAAAAGAAAGCAGAGGAGGACCCGGCCAGACCUGACAGUGGGGUCGUCUCACUCCAGGAGGAACCACCUUCAGGGGCCGGUAAACCUGCCAGGGUGGCCAUAGGAGGGACACCCGAGCCUCUCCUUCCUAGGGAUGACCUCAGAG